UCGGUCAUCUAUUUGGAUCCGUUUCGUCUGUGACAAAAAAAAAAAUAAUCUUCCAUCGUUUUUCCUCGCCGAAGCUCCAGUCAUCUUUCCCUCUGCAACCAUGUCAGACGAGGAGCAUCAUUUUGAGUCUAGCGACGCCGGAGCUUCCAAAACUUACCCGCAACAAGCUGGAACCAUCCGUAAAAAUGGUUACAUCGUUAUCAAGGGUCGUCCCUGCAAGGUUGUUGAGGUUUCAACAUCAAAGACCGGCAAGCAUGGUCAUGCGAAAUGUCACUUUGUCGCUAUUGACAUCUUCACCAGCAAGAAGCUUGAAGAUAUCGUUCCUUCUUCCCACAAUUGUGAUGUUCCUCACGUCAACCGUACCGAUUAUCAGCUGAUUGACAUUUCCGAAGAUGGAUAUGUCAGCUUGUUGACUGACAAUGGUAGCACCAAGGAUGACCUCAAGCUCCCUACUGAUGAUGCUCUGCUCCAACAGAUCAAGAGUGGGUUUGAGGAUGGAAAAGAUCUAGUGGUGAGUGUGAUGUCAGCCAUGGGAGAGGAACAGAUCAAUGCCCUCAAGGACAUUGGUCCCAAGUGAAAAUCACUAAACCUAUUGUUGUGUAUCAACAAUGGCGUUUAUAGGAGCAGGAGGUUACUGUUUUAUGAACCUUUUAAUUAUAAUUUAUGUGACUUCCGCUCUCUCUCUCUCUCUGUUUUUCUUCCCUUUAUUAUGUAAACUUCUUCUCUUCUUAUUCCUUCUUCAGGAGGUCAGAAAUUAUCUUGUGUUUUGGUUUCUCUACUUUGGAAUGUCUAACAUUUUGUUACUAA